AUGAGUGAGGUGACGUGUCGUGAAAUAAAUGAUUCCCGACAGAGUUUCCAAGUGGAAACGGCAACUAACGGUCCCACGUUGCCAAAUCACCACAUGUCUUACAUCAGCACUAAAGCAUUCUAUUCUAUUCUAUUCUCAUCAGCUCCGAUCACUCUCCGGCGGCCAAUAUCUGGAGAUUAUUAUGAUGAUGACGACGACGAGCGACGACGUUUGGGCCCCGCAGGAGAAGGGGAAGCUGAAGAGGAUAGUUUCCGGCGGAGAGAUGGAUACGGAUCAGGAGAGCGUGGGGUCGAUGGAGGAGAUAGAGUCGCCGCGCUCGGUGGCGGCGAAGGGGCGGAAAUACGUCGAAGUGUACGUUCACAGCCAGAUUCUGAGGAUCAGAGCCGAGGAUUCCCACAUCGGAGAGGACACCGCCGAGAUUUUCAGCGGUCUCAAAGACAAGGUCGUCUCCGCCGCCGGCCACGUCGCCUCCACCGUCGUCCUCAUCCGCCCCGCCUCCCCUCUCGGCGCCGCCCACACCACAAUCACAACCUAACCUGCUACCUUCUUCAAUUCUUCAAGGUGCAAGGAGAUUAUUACAGUGACGAUGAUGAUGACGACGGCAUGCAUGCAUGGCGGCUGGAUGGCCGGGUUCUGAAGCUCAUAAAAAUGAACGUUUUGACGUAGAGAGUUAUUCCGGUAUAAAAGAUCUAUGCGGGUCUGAUGUACAGUACGAGGUUGUAAAUAUAGUGAAAAAAAAAACAAAAAAACAACCGUAGUUGUUAAAGAUCGAUGUCUGUGUCGGUGGAUAUAUAAAUCUUGAGUUCUGAUUUUCCGACGAAAAGUAGGUAAUGGAAAAGUGACCGGAGAUAAUAAAGUCGUUCGGCUUAAAUACCUUUAUAUAUGUA